CUUAAUUCUUCUGUUAGCAGCCUUUUUAACUGAGUGCAGAACGACUGACAAAUUCCGCAAUCAAGCGUGCCCUUCGUCUCGCCCCGUUGCACAAUAUAUCAACAAGGAAAAUAUGGCCGAGAGCCUACGUGACGAUACAAGCAUAGGCCGUACUAUCAGUAAGUGUGAUGUUUGUGGAAGUGCUGUCAACCUAAAAUUAUGCGCGAGAUGUAGGCUAGUAGCAUACUGUUCUAAAGAUCACCAGAAACAAGCUUGGCCGGAUCACAAGGAAUUCUGUAAGACUAAGAGAUCAAUGCAACGAACAGUCGCGAAAACUAGUGACGGUGCAUAUAGUACAAGAACGGCCGAAUUAGAUGAUAAACUGUCUGUAUUAUCGAUUGAUUCUGGAGAAGCGUCGUCUGCUGUCACGUCACCACAGAUACGUGAUAUGCAGCAGAGUAAUGAAUUAAAGAAUGGUGCUUUUUACGAUUUGUUUACAAAUGGACCUGAAACUGCCAUCGGAGCGUCACGUUCAGAAUUCCAUAAAGAUGGAGAGCUACAGUUGGAAAACAACAUUGUCAGUGACAGUCAAAGCGAAAGGACUGGUUUAAAAAGUGAGUGUGAUACAGAAGUUAAAGUAGACAAUGACAUUAUAACUGAAAGUGGAAGUUCAGAAAAGUUUAUUCUUGAAACAGAGGAAUCUGUACUCCACGCUCCAGAUUACUCCCAGCACCCCGAGAGUCGAGCUGACAGUAAAACUGACAGUAAAAAGAUGCCAUAUCUUAGUGUGAUAGAAGGCAGAAAUAAGACCCUUGGUGAUUAUGUUAUUAAAUGUCUCAAUUCUUAUGGGAUUUGUGUCCUAGACAACUUCUUAGGUGAGUCAAAAGGAACAGAUAUUUUGGACGAAGUGAUAGAUAUGCAUGAACAAGGAGAAUUAACACGCGGGCAGCUAGUGAACACAAAUUCUCCAGGAAGUGAAGUUAGGGGGGAUGUUAUUACAUGGGUUGAUGGGACAGAAGUUGGUUGCAGUAAUGUUAAUUUUCUUGUUUCAUCAAUUGACGCUAUAAUGUUACAUUGCCAGAGGUCUCUUGGACAUUAUCAUAUCAAAGGAAGAUCAAAGGCUAUGGUCGCAGCGUAUCCUGGUAAAUCAACUCGUUUUCUCCGCCAUGUUGAUAAUCCAAGUGGCGAUGGUCGGUGUGUUACAUGUAUAUAUUACCUCAAUAAAACCUGGAAUUCAAAGGAGGACGGUGGAUUGUUGCGGAUAUUUCCACAGGGCAGUAACCGUGUGGCUAAUGUUGAGCCAAAAUUUGACAGGCUGUUGUUUUUCUGGUCAGAUAGAAGGAAUCCUCAUGAAGUUUUACCAGCUUACAGAACAAGGUAUGCAAUCACAGUCUGGUACUACGAUGAACAGGAGAGAAGAAGAGCAGUGAAGAAAUUCAAAAGGGUUGGAGGCACAGAGGUUAAGCAAAAGGAGGUUAUUCCUCUUGUUGGUGGAGUAAACGAUGAUCUAUGAAGAUCUAGCCUGCUACCAGGAGACAGCUACAAGUUGUGUGAUGCAACACACAAAUCUGGUUCAGUGCUUUAGAAGCUGAGUGGAAUGGACUACAGUAUUACUGAUUGGUUAUGUUGUUAUAAACAGUGAAAAACAUUGUUAUCAACUUCACACUAGUCGGAAUGGAGUAACUUAAUUUAUUAGAGAAAUUAUUCUAAAAUAGAUGAAUUACUUUUUUGGACACAUGAAACUCCUACAAUAUACUAGGGUUAUUAUUGUUCAGGGCUCCAGAUAAGAUGCGUAUUAGCAUAAAUUACGCUUUGAAAUAAUGCAUAUACGCAUGUUUGAUAGUUUUUAAGCGUAUAAAAACAUAUAUGAAAUAACAGAAACGCAUGCAAUGACUUUUUAUUGGCGUAAACAAACUCUGAAUCGUCCGGAUGCUUUAUGUAACAGAGCACAGUCGGCAUUAAUUCUCCCACAUUGAACGUACACACGCAUUGAAUGGUACUCUAAUAACCUAGGUUAAACUAUUUUUUACACUCAAUGUCUGCGUAUAUCAAAUAGUUGGGAAUUAAUAUUGAUGGUACGGGCGGUGUCGAUUUAAAAUAUCAACUUCCGGUGCGGAAUAAAUAAAAAUGUCCCUUUUCUAAGAAUGUAUAAGUGAACAAACACUCUACGCAUUCUUUAAACCAACAAAACUGAUCCCCAAAACAUAGCUAAAGGUAUAUUGAAUAUUCUAUUUAUUCGGUAGCGAGUGAGAAGCCAAAGCAAAAAAAAAAAACAGACACAUAUCAAACAGGGAAUGCCAUGUACCAAAAUCGCAGCCAAGGGAAAAAAAAGAAGCAAAAACUUAAAUGGUGAAUUGGAACUAAAUUGCAAACAAAUGCAUGGGUGUUACACCCAAUAAAUAUGUUAUAAAACUGAUUUCUGUUUUUUUUUUUCACAUUUAUAAAUUUUCAGGAGUAAAAUUACUUCUAGUCAAUUUCAGACUUUACCAUUUUACUCAUUCACAAAAAAUAUGUUGAGUAAAUACUCAUUGGCCAAAAAAAUUAUCUGGAGCCCUGAUUGUUGCAUUGUGCAUAAGGAAAUAGUGACUUGUAUUCACUGCUUUAAAAUGUAGCGGAGGUAGAAGAGACUUGUCUCAAAUUUAGUCUUCUUAGCUUGACUAUUGGAGAAUAUUGAGAGCUGUUCUACUCACCCAGGCGUCAAACCUCGGGUUAAAGUUUUGCAUGCAAGUUUAUAUCUUAGAAACCAUUGCAUGUCUUGGAUUGAAACCUAAUGAAAAACCAGGUUAUAUAACUCAUGGUUGAUUUAAGAUCUUAUUAUGCCCUUUUUCAGUUUGGAAAAUUUUGUUAUAAGUUUUGAUUUAAAAAAAGUAUUUGACCAUGAGUCAUUAAACCUUUUAGAGUUAUUAUUCAGCAUGUGGAAUUGUUAGGGUUCUGUUUGGGAUUUCAUGCAGAUAGAUCAGAGUUAUGGCCCAUGAUUUGACCAAAAACAUGAAGGGAAUAAAAAUUUGUGUCGCACAUGUCACCAAAAAUGUUAGACAUAGAUCGAUUGAACAUUACAGGAAUGCUUUCCAGCAUUUGCAGUUGUACACACGUUUUUGUUUUCAUUUCUGUCAGUCAGCCCUGAGUCAUAGCCCUUGACUGUCAGAAAUUAUGCUUACAGGGCCUAAAAGUUUGUGUCACAUGUAUUUCUGUCAUGAGACAGCUCUUGUUAUUGCUUUAACUAAUAUAUAUAUAUAAACCUUUAUAAUCAGGGCUGUGAAUGAUAUUUUCCAUAUAUUAGUGUUCAUAAAAGAUACAAAACAGAAAACACAAAAGAAAAAAAAAAGAAAAUAUUUAUUCUUAAAUCUUUGUCUUGAUAUUCACAGCUUUGUUUAAUUAUAUAUUCCUACGUAAACUGGGCAGUCAUGUUUUAAAGUACUUUCUGCACAUGCAGGGCUGGAAGCUUUAGUGAGAAUUCUUUGAAUACUUUGUUGACUUAGGCUUUAUCGAUUUUAACCCAUAUCCUGCUGGACACGAUUGGUUCUGCCUUUGUGACCAGUGUAGAUCAUGAUCAGUCUGCACAAUCGUGCAGUCUGAUCAUGAUCUGUACUGUUCGCCAUUCAGUCAGUGUAUUUUUGGUAAGCACCCCUUUUAACAGUUAAUGGUACUGUCCAAAUUCAAAGAUGGACAAGUUCAUUAUAGAAAUGUAGCAGGGUAAGGGUUAAUUCAUUCAUUGUAGAACAAAUAGAAUUUAUGUGGAAACUUUAUUUUCAAUACACAUAUGUCACCCACAUGUAAUUAUGAACAUCUGUGAUAUAGCGCAGAAACACUGGGUGGUUUUAACAAAUCUUGGCAGUCUAACAUGAGAGGUGUCUAUUGCAGAAUUUGCAAAGAUGUAGCUGUUAUAAUACAAGUCUGUAUACUAUUUUAAGUCAUUCUAGAGCAUAUCAAUUCAAUUCAAAUUUAUUCAGGUAUAAGAUCAUAAAACAUUAUAUAUUACUUAUACAGUUAAAUUACAUGUAUCAGUAUGUUUAGAAUGCUUGGAUUAAAGUUUUAUAAAAAUCUUAGUAUAGAUAUGCUGGUUAAUACAUGAAAGAUGAUUUAGUCAAGUAUAUUUUAUAAUGUAUGACAUAGAAAUGAUAUGAUCGCCUGAGUGGACCCAUUAAACUUAUUUCCAAUAUAAAGUGCUGAAAUUCUAAGAACUUUAGGUGGCCCCCUGUGACCCCUACCAUAUCUUUACCCUGUAUGCACCGGGAGUCAAUAAUUGGCUUUUGGACACCUUUUAAUUUUUCAAUUGAUUUUGCAAUUUUUUGUUCACAACCCUGUAUACUAUACAUGAGAACAUUGAACUUUAGCCUGCUGGCGGCAAGUGAUUCUGUCUUAGUGACCAAUGCAGACAAAGAUCAGUCUGCACAUCUGUGCAGGCUGAUAAUGGUCUGAACUUUUUGCUAUUCAGACUUUAAAUUUUCAGUGAACAUCCCUUUGAAUAAUAAGUGGCACUGCCCAAAUUGAAAGAUGGACCAGUCCACUUUAGAAAUUUAGCAGGGUAAAGGUUAAACUCAGCUCUGUCCUAUUUGUUGUCCAGACUACAAACAAUGCAGCUUCAUGAAUUGUGUCAGUUAUCUUACCUCACUCGAGAUAGAUGUGACUAAAAUAAUUACAGGUUAUUAGCUUUGUAUCGGGAAAUAUGCACGAGUUCUUCAGCGGAAAUAUUGCGCGACUAGGAGCGCAAUAUUCUUACGCUGAAGAAUGAGUGCAUAUUUCCUGAUGCAAAGAUAAUAACCUUUUUAUUACAUACGCAUCUACACGUAUAAAUAUUGUGUAAAUAUCAUAUAUAUGUUUAGUAGCAUGAAUAGGAUUGACAGUACUGAACUAAAUAGAAAAAAUAGUGCAACAACACACACUGAAUUACGCCACGCACCUGAUAUGAAAUUUAGGCGUCAGUGUAUGGAAAAAUAUUGACGUUUCCAGUACCAGUGUAACUUAACGGGGAAUAGAAACAAAUAUGUAAUAAUCACUAGUUUUUACCUCAGUCAUGAUUCUAGUAAUAAUUUAUAUGCAUCAUUGACUUUAUGUGUGCAGUCAAGGUCUAUACUUUUAUGCUCACAGUUGGGAAGCUUCAGGGCUAAAUUUCAUUGAAUAAUUGCCUGUGAUGAAUAUUUGAAGGUUGUUUGGUUAAAGGUCAAGGUCAUAGUAACCUAGAGACUGCUGAUUCUAAUGAGUAACAGAAUGUGGGCCAAACUUCAUAUUUUAAUUGACUGUGGUCUGUAUUUAAUCCUAAUAUUUAGGAAACAGUGGGGAUGGGUGCAGGGGAGAGUGGUGGAAAGAUCAGUAUGUCAGAGGUCAAGUUCUUGGUGAUGUUAAAGACUGAAAAAAAGUAACAGUAAUUUGAGAAUUUUUUUAGUGACAUAAAUGUCCGUAAUAUUGAUCCAUGUUUCUACUGAUGAUCCAUGAUGUUGGCUUAUAUGUUGUGCUUAUGCAGAAUUUUCAGAUGUAAUACAGUCUAAAUUUCAUGAAAGGAUAAAAAUGUUGAAAUUAUGUUACAUGUAUUUAGAAAAUUUUGAUCUUUUGGGAAAAGAAAAGUAUGUUCCAAUUGGAAUUAUAAUUUAAGAUCUAGACUCGAGAACACAAAUUCAGGAAGUUUCUACUACUGCCUGUUUGUAGUUAAGAAAAUGAUGUACAUUUGCAUGCAUUAAUACGUAUCAUUUGAUUCUUGAAACUUUUCUUACAGAAUAUUGGAAUGAAACAACAGUUUUCUGUUUGCUUGUCUUCAGUAUCAUAUGAUUAAAUAUUGAUUGUUAAUUUUAUGUGGGCUGUUUCCUGCCAUGGAUUCUUGUAUAAACCUGUAGGUUUUUUUCUCCUUUCGAUUAACAGGUCUGACAAAGGAACCCUUUUCGAAAUGGGUCCAAAAUUCCUGUUUGGAAGGAGACUAAUUUUACCACCAAAUGUGCUUGUCUUUUUUAAUGCUAUUGUAUAUUGUUCACUGUCUGAUAGGAUAAAUGUAUAGUAUUACGAUAAUGUGGCAUGUUGUUAAGUGCUUUUAAGUGCAAGUGUUUGUAGAAACUGUAUCCCAGUUCAUGAAAUGAGCAUAUAAUCAGUAAUGAUCUCAAUGCUUGAAGUGUAGUCUUCAUUUGUAGGUUAUUAGAUUGCUAGAAAAGUGCUUAUUAUUGUCUUAAUUUGUUUGUAUAUUUUUCCUUGUGGAAGUAGUUCUCCGUAUGAACCCGGAAAACAAAACAAAAGUAUCGAAUUAUGAACUUAAGAUUGUAAAAGUGUUUUUUUUUUGGAGGACAACCUUCCUUGAGAUGUGUUGCUACCUCCACAGCUGAAUGGUUUAAAAUUACUGCCUUUACAACACUUGACCCUCAGUGCUGAUGGCGGAAAAUUUGGCUGUGGGAUUUAGCUAUCCAGUUGACUUGCUUCUACCAAGGUGUAACCUAAAUAUUUUUAAUUAACCUAAAUAUUUUCAAUUAACUUUUAAAACCCAAUAAUUAAAGUCUUUACAGUUUUACAAGGAGAGUGCCAUGCUUUGUCACCCAUUAUCCUUAGACACCUGUUGAUAAUGAGUUUUGCACUUUCAUGUAUCUAUAGAUACUACAUAAGAAUUCAUUUAUUCGUUGUUCAUUAAUCUGUUAGCAUUGUCCCAAAAAAACUUGGAAUGCUAUUUUCCACAGCAAAGUUUGAAUUUUGUUCUGUUUAAUCAUCCACCGUUUUGCUAAAAUCUGCUCAAAUAGUUACAAGAGUGGUACAAAUUCAUUAAGGGGCCGAGUGGUUAAAGUCAGUGACUUUAAAUCACUUGCCCCUCGUAGAUGUGGGUUCAAGCCUCAUUCAGGGCAUAGAAUUAUUUUAUGUGGGGAAAGCAUCUAGCUGACUUUCAGAAGGUUGGUGGUUCUGUCUAGGUACCCACCCAUGAUCAAAUGAUGCAAGGAGGGUCACCUUGGGUUUUCUUCCACCAUCAAAGCUGGAAAGUCGCCAUAUGACCUAAAAUUGUGUCUGUAUGACGUUAAACUCAACAAAACAAACAAACAAAUUCAUAAAGGUAAAAUUUUCAGUGUGCUUCCUUUUCCAUGAUGAUUGACCUUGACAGUUAAAUUAUAUACAAAAUGUGGUGGGAUCUAUUUAUAACACUCAUAUGAUCACCCAGGAUAUGAAAAUUCGUAAAAAGGAAGUUACGACACUUCCAUUUUAUCAUACUGUUAUGGACAAUGAGUUACUGUUGGAGCCCCCCUCCCCCCAUACAUACCCCCACUAUUUGGUCACUAUUGUUCUAGCAUUUAUUUAUUGAAGAUCCUUUAGUUAGAUAUAUUGCUUGUUGGUAAAUGUUAUGUGUACUUAAUGUUAGUCUAUCAUAACAUUGUAUAAAUAAUUUAGGCAAAAUAAAAUUUAAUAAAUUGCAAAGAUUU